AUGUCGGGGAGAAUUGGAAAAGAAGCGAAAGGUAAGUGAAUAGAAAACUAGCUGCUCAACGCCGAAUUUCCUUCGGUAAAGAUCGUACAAGAGAGGCUCUUGUCGUACAGUGUGAGGACUAUCAGCCGCCCUUUUCUUUUGAAUGUGAGUUUUCAGUAGUUUCCGUAAAGAAGCAAAAUUGACGUUUUCUCAACGUUUCUCAACGUUAAACGUUUUCUGUAAAUCGCUUUGAAUCAGAGUGACAGGAUUCUAAAGCAUUGAUCAAGGGAGGAAGUGAGAAAUAGCCCCCAUCGACAAGUAGAAAAGACAAUCUUUCAGACAAACUCGGCCCGACCAAAGAAAGCCGAGCACUGGACAGCUUCCCCAACCUACCCCGCCGACAUCUUCUGAAGAUUCUGCUUGAAUGUCCUUUUAAUCGAGAUCUGUUCUCUAUCUGUGCCCAUAAAAGCAGGCAGAUGAAUGAGGACUUGUUCCUUUUCAACACUUUUCCCAGUUUACAUGUGCUACAAUGCGAAGGACACCCGUAA